UAGUUUUAAAUGACUUUAUUGUUUUUCGAAGUAUUCUCCACGAAGCACUUGUUCCACUCGUUUGCUGGCAGAUCCAAAACGGCAUUUUUGAAUGCGUCAACUGCUUUUUCUGGUGACUGGAACCUUUGACCACGCAGUCUGUUUUUAAUUUUCGGGAAAGUAAAGAAAUCGUUAGGACUUAGAUCGGGACUAUAUGGAGGAUGGUCCAAUAAUUCAACGUUUU